AUGUCGAUGAAGGUGUUUGUGGCGUUAGCGCUGCUGGUUUUGCUGCUACCGCCACCUGCAGCCGGAGAAGCUGAGAAGACUCCUCUCCUCCGGCAGCUUCUGGCCAACAGGGAGGCCGCGAGAAGCUCGGCGGCGGGCAGGUGGGAGCCGUCGCCGCCGCCUCAGGUUCCCUCGGCGCGGACGGAGAGACGAGCACGCCUAUCGGAGGAUGAGCGGGAGAUUAUGACCAAGCAAAUUAUGCAAGCAAUCUCAGAGGUCAUGAACUCUGAGUGCAUGGCGGAUCGGGACUACCAGGGCUGGGUGGACUUUGGACGCCGCGACGCAGAAUGA